AUGUACGUUCGAGUGUACCACCACUUGGUCGGACUUCUCCGGGCGCGUUUCGUCCUCUCCCAGCGCUUCCACCACGGAGCGCGGCUCUCAACACCGCCAGCGGGCUCGAGAGCCAUGACGCUCGCCUGGGCGCCAAAGAGGUCCACGCGGCGGCGGAUCGUGUGCCCGUCGCGCAGCGACCGCCUGAGUCUCCCGCGCCUAGACGCCGCACCCGACGGACCUGACGCCGACCGGACCCGCGCGCGUCCGGUGCCGGCGAGACCGGCGGCGCCGUUGAGCGUGACGGUGCGGGCCAUGUACUUUAGCAACGAUGGGUCACAGGCGGACACUGGAGCGCAGGUGACGCUGCAGCUCUCCACGUCCAGCACGGUGGAGGAGCUCCUGAACUCGACCCGCGAGGCGUUGGGCGGCUCGAGCCGGGCGCGGGGGCGCUUGCUCUUCCGCAUGCGGCCGCUCAAGGAUCUGGAGGCCACCUUGGAGAUGUGCGGCGUGCAUCGUGACCCGUCUGGACUUCAUUUCCUCAUGGAGCGCAAGCAUCGGCCGCAAGAGGUCGUGCAGAAGGCUCACCUUGAGGCCCAGGAGCUCUCAGUGGCCAUGGCAUUGGCGGCCGCCGAGGCCAACGCGCGGCCCAAGCGGCGGAAGAAGAAGGUCGUGGAGGAGGUCGACGUGGCGGAGGAGGUCGAAGAACUCAGCUGA